AUGAAAUUCAUGAUUGAUGAUCUUCCCGUCCUGUUCCCUUAUCCUCGUAUAUACCCCGAACAGUAUGCCUACAUGUGUGAUCUUAAAAAGACCCUCGACGCUGGGGGUCACUGCGUUCUGGAGAUGCCGUCAGGCACAGGGAAGACCGUUUCGCUACUGUCGUUGAUCAUAGCAUAUCAGCAGCAUUAUCCGGAGCACAGGAAACUCAUCUACUGCUCUCGAACAAUGUCCGAGAUUGAAAAGGCGCUGGCUGAGUUGAAGGAGCUGAUGAAGUUUCGCACCCAGCAGCUGGGAUAUACGGAAGAUUUUCGAGCUUUAGGUCUCACCAGUCGAAAAAAUCUGUGCCUGCAUCCGUCGGUGAAACGAGAGAAAAGUGGCACUGUCGUGGACGCGAGGUGCAGAAGUUUGACGGCCGGUUUCGUUAAAGAAAAGAAGGAGAGAGGCGAAGAUGUCGAGCUAUGCGUCUAUCAUGAGAACCUCGACCUCCUCGAACCGCAUAACCUCGUUCCUCCCGGCGUGUUCACUUUAGAUGGGCUUUUGAAAUACGGAGAAGAACACAAGCAGUGUCCUUAUUUUUCCGCACGGCGCAUGAUGCCUUAUUGCAACGUCAUUAUCUAUUCCUAUCAUUACCUCCUUGACCCUAAAAUCGCGGAGAGAGUGUCGCGAGAGCUUUCUAAGGACUGCAUAGUAGUAUUCGAUGAAGCACACAACAUCGACAACGUAUGUAUUGAAGCGCUGAGCAUCGAUAUCACCGAAGACUCGUUACGGAAAGCUACGCGGGGCGCAAACAACUUGGAGCGAAAAAUCUCCGAGAUGAAGAGUUCGGACGCAGAGAAACUACAAAACGAAUACUCAAAGCUCGUCGAAGGUUUGAGGGAAGCGGAGCAAGCGAGAGACGAAGACCAGUUCAUCGCAAAUCCGGUCUUACCAGAUGACUUGCUCAAGGAAGCUGUGCCAGGCAAUAUACGACGGGCGGAGCACUUUGUUGCCUUCCUCAAGCGCUUCAUAGAAUAUCUCAAGACUCGAAUGAAAGUCACCCAUACUAUAUCCGAAACGCCACCGUCGUUCUUGACACACGUCAAGGACCUUACUUUCAUUGAGCGAAAGCCUCUACGUUUCUGCGCCGAACGCCUUACUUCGCUAGUGCGAACACUAGAGCUUGUUAACAUAGAGGAUUAUCAACCGUUACAAGAAGUUGCAACGUUCGCGACUUUAGUCUCGACAUAUGAUAAAGGGUUCCUGUUGAUUCUCGAACCAUUCGAGUCGGAAACAGCCACGGUACCCAAUCCAGUACUGCACUUCACUUGUUUGGACGCCGCUAUUGCGAUCAAGCCCGUCUUUGAUCGGUUCAGUUCCGUCAUCAUCACUUCUGGAACACUCUCGCCGCUUGAGAUGUAUCCGAAGAUGCUCGGCUUCCCCACUGUAUUGCAAGAGUCGUACACUAUGACGCUUGCACGCCGGUCUUUCCUGCCUAUGAUCGUGACACGAGGCUCAGACCAGGCCCAGAUUUCGUCUUCCUUCCAGAUCCGAAAUGAUCCUGGCGUCGUGCGCAACUACGGAAAUAUUGUCUUGGAAUUCUCACGCAUCACACCUGACGGUAUUGUAGUCUUCUUUCCAUCUUAUCUAUACAUGGAGUCAAUCAUCAGCAUGUGGCAAGGAAUGGGUAUCCUAGACUCAAUAUGGAACUAUAAAUUGAUCCUCGUUGAGACCCCUGACUCGCAAGAAUCAUCGCUCGCCUUGGAGACCUACCGGACAGCAUGCUGCAAUGGGCGUGGUGCCAUCUUGUUUUGUGUCGCUCGAGGGAAGGUCUCCGAAGGUAUCGACUUUGACCACCAUUACGGUCGUGCGGUAUUGUGUAUUGGAGUUCCCUUUCAGUACACGGAAUCUCGGAUUUUGAAAGCCCGCCUUGAGUUCCUGCGCGAGAACUAUCGAAUCCGGGAGAAUGAUUUCCUAUCGUUCGACGCUAUGAGACACGCAGCGCAGUGCCUGGGUCGUGUCUUGCGUGGCAAGGACGACUACGGAAUCAUGGUGCUAGCUGACCGUCGAUUCCAGAAAAAACGGAACCAACUACCCAAAUGGAUCAGUCAGGCCAUGCUGGAAAGUGAAACAAACCUGAGUACGGAUAUGGCUGUGGCUACUGCGAAGAACUUCUUGCGUACAAUGGCCCAGCCAUUCAAGGCCAAGGAUCAAGAAGGAAUUUCUACAUGGAGCUUGGCUGACAUAGAACGGCAUCGCGAGAAGCAGAUGCUGGAGGAAGAAAGAGUGCGAAGAGAAGCGGCCGCCAAUGGACAGGCCACGAACGGCACUCAUAAUGGUGCUGCUGCCGCUGCAGACGAAUUUGACGACGAUAUAGACGAAGACCUCAUGAUGUUGGAUGCACAGUAA